AUGGACACCUUUGCUGUGGACAAGACCAUGUUAAUGCACCUAAUCCUUCUCAGCCUGGCAGUUGGGAGCAGCCAGGGGUGCUACUGUGAUCAUUACCCAUGGAGCUCGUGGUCUACCUGUUCACAAACCUGCAGUUAUGGCACACAGACCAGGCAAAGGCAUAUCAGAAUUGAUGAUUACUAUAGACAAAACUUCUGUGACCGGCUGUGCUCAAAGCGGGAAACUCGUGUGUGUAACCAGCAUGCAUGUCCUAUCAACUGUCAGCUUGGGGACUUUGGCCCUUGGUCAGAAUGUGAUCCAUGCAUUAAUAAGCAAUUUCGUGUUCGGGCACUCCUGCAGCCAUCCCAGUUUGGGGGUCAGGCCUGUACUGAGCCUCUGGUGGAUUCCCGCCCAUGCUUCCCAACUAAGACCUGCAACAUAGUGGAAGUUAAUUGCAAGAAUAAAUUCAAGUGUGACAGUGGUCGCUGCAUUGAAAAAAAAUUGGAAUGCAAUGGAGAAAAUGACUGUGGGGACAACUCUGAUGAAAGAAACUGUGCUAGGAAAAAGACUGUGUGUAACAGAAAGUAUGAGGUCAUCCCAGGUGUGGAGUUAAUCGCCAGUGGAUUUCACAUUCUGGCAGGAGAGAGCAGAGGGGAAGUCCUUGGCAACUCGUUCAAUGGAGGACAAUGCAGAACAGUGAAGCGCAAUGAAACCAGGAGGUCAUAUCGUGUUCCUGCAAACCUGGAGUCUGUCAGCUUUCAGGUAACAAAUGAAGAGGAUGAUGUAGAAUCAGAUUUCUACAAUGAUCUAACUUCCUUGGGUGAAAACGUUCAUAGAAGUGGUUCAUCCAGUCACGGUAGUGGUGGAUCUUUUAGAAUCCCAAUUUUAUUCUCAAGAAAGACAAAGAUUGAAAGCAGCUCACAUUCCUCCUUUAAGAAAGCCAUUCUUGCCUCACAUGAAAAGAAUUCCAAUUUUAUCAGAGUCCGCAAAGUAAUUUCUGUGGCAGAAUUUGCUGUUAAACAGUCAGACCUGCAGCUCUCAGAUCCCUUUCUAAAGGCACUCAACCAGCUGCCCCUGGAGUACAACUAUGCUUCGUACAGCAGAAUAUUUGAUGACUUUGGCACUCAUUACUACGCCUCUGGGAAGAUGGGUGGUUCCUAUGACUUGCUUUACCAGUACAGCUCCGAGGAGCUGAAGAACUCAGGCCUGACGGUGGAUGAAUCAACUGAGUGUGUCCGACAUGAAACAAAAACCCGUGUGCUCUUCCUGACGUUCACGAAAGUCCAUAGCAGAUGUACUACUAACAGGCUGACGGAGAAAUACGAAGGUUCCAUGUUGCAGUCAUCAGAAAGGUCAAUCUCCCUGGUAAAAGGUGGAAGGUCAGAGUAUGCAGCAGCUCUGGCCUGGGAGAAAAAGGGAUCUUUUCCAGGACACACAGUCUACACCAACUGGCUGGAGUCAACAAAGGACAAUCCUGUAGUGAUUGACUUUCAGGUGUCACCCAUUUUGGAUCUGGUGAAGAACAUUCCAUGCGCUGUGACCAAACGUCGCAACCUGAGGAGAGCCCUGACAGAAUACAUGCGCAGGUUUGACCCUUGCCAGUGUGCCCCAUGCUCCAACAAUGGCAGGCCUGUGCUUUCUGGGAUGGAGUGCCUCUGCGUGUGCCAGGCUGGCACCUAUGGCAAAAACUGUGAGAAGCGAGCUCCAGGUUACCAAUCAGAUGCUGUAGAUGGCCACUGGGGGUGCUGGUCUGAAUGGACUUCAUGUGAUGCUUCCUUCAGAAGAACAAGGACCCGGAAAUGUGAUAACCCUUCUCCCUUGAAAGGAGGGAAACCCUGUGAGGGGGACAAGGAAGAAGUGGAGGACUGUUCCAUCACACUGUUUACAGACAAUGGUGCUGAUUGUAUAAAUGAUGAUGAAGCCAGAAGAGAAGAGCAUGUGUCGACUGGUGAACCUGAAUCUGGAUGCUCCAGGCCAGAUCCACCGGAAAAUGGCUUUAUCAGGAAUGAAAAGACACAAUAUGCUGUUGGGGAAGAAGCUGAAAUUGUCUGUGUGAGUGGUUAUGUCCCCAGAGGUUAUCAAUUCCUUCGGUGUCUGCCAGAUCAAACUUGGACACAGGAACCAGUUGAAUGUCAACCUUCAAUGUGCCUCAGGCUGCCAACAUCUAAAGGUGUCACAAUUUCCCCAUUCAAGCAACACUACAGCAUUGGUGAAAAGGUUGAACUGAGCUGUGCAGCUGGGUUUAUAGUGUCUGGUCCAACACAGUAUACCUGUUGGGAAGACCUGUCCUGGAUGCCCUCUAUUUUGAGAUCUAUUACUUGUGAAAAAGAUGUGCAAGCUGAAAGUAGAGGUGUUUGCAAUCCAGGACAAAAGCAGGUUGGAUCUCACUGUGUUUGUAUGUCCCCGGAGGAGGACUGUGGCCACUAUUCAGAAGACAUCUGUGUGCUACAUGCUCCUUCUGAACAGACUAUGACCAAGUCUAGCUGCCAGUAUUCAGCUGAAGUGUGCCUCGGAAACCAGUCACUUCAUUUCUUGCACACUGGCCCUUGCCACAGCAGUUCCAACCUUGGCUGGCCUAUUGAAAGGGCAAAGCUCUCUGCAAACAGCUUGAAGAAAGUGCCCUGUGGCUAUGACACCUGCUAUGACUGGGAGAAGUGUUCAGAAACUCAGACCCAGUGCUAUUGCCUGAUGCCUCACCAGUGCCCCAAAGAAGAGAGCCGCCCUCACUGCAUUCAGAUGAAGUCAUCAGGGACAAGAAGGACAGUCAGUCACUGCAUGCUGGCAGCCAUGAAGUGUGCUGGUAUCAGACUGGAGGUGCUGGAGCAGGAGGGCUGCCUGGCAUAA